AUGCUAUACCUCAUCACCCUGCCUCUUCUCCUCAGUUUCUCCAGCCUCAUCGAGUCAUUCUGUCCCACCCUUUGCACCUGCAUAUUCCAUGGGGGCAGUGAUGGUAAUGGAAUCAGAACGGUGCUGUGUAACAACCCGGACAUGUUCGACAUCCCAAAUGGCAUCCCGACGGAUACAGUCAGGUUGCGGGUGGAGAAGACAGCAGUGCGCCGGAUUCCAGCCCGGGCCUUCUCCUACCUGCCAGACUUGUUCUACCUGCGGGUGAGCUACAGUGCUGUUGGAGCCAUAGACCUGGCUGCUCUCGCUGGGCUGGAGGCUCUGCGUGACCUGCGGCUUGAUGGCAACCUGCUGACCUCCUUCCCCUGGGAGGCACUGCAAGCUGCUCCUCGCCUGCACACGCUGAGCUUGCGCAACAACCGGUUGGUCAACGUGCCUGCUGAGGCUGCCCGCUGCCUGCACAACCUCACAUACCUGGACAUAUCCAGUAACAAGCUGACCACACUGCCCUCUGAACUGGUUGACAUCUGGCUGCCUUUCUCUGGAGCCACUAGAGCUCUUCGUUCCACUCAGAAGGUGGUAUUAGGGCUACAGGACAACCCCUGGUUCUGUGACUGUCGUAUCUCCAAGCUGAUUGACCUGUCCAGGAUAACAGCCACCUCACUUGUGCUUUUGGACCACUACUUGAUCUGCAGUGGGCCAGAGAACCUGGCCGGGUUGCCAUUCCAGCUGGCUGAGCUGGCCCAGUGCCUCAAGCCCUCAGUGGUGACCUCCACGGCCCAGAUCAUUUCCCCACUGGGCAGCAAUGUUCUUCUGCGCUGCGAUGCCACUGGGUACCCCACACCAACACUGACGUGGACCCGGUCCGAGGGUUCGCCCAUCAACACCACAGUUAUUCAAGAGACGCCAGGAGAUGGAAUCCGGUGGUCCAUAAUGAGCUUGAAUGGAGUGUUGUACAGAGAUGCUGGCGAGUAUUUCUGCAGGGCGAAGAAUGUGGCAGGGAUGUCAGAGGCCUCUAUAACCCUCAUUGUGGUUGGGGUGAUCACUACAACAGUGGCCCAGCAGCAGCUUGCCAAAGUGGCAGGGCUGGAGGCAGGAGUUGGCAGUCAGGCCUGGGCAGAGUACACCCUGGUGACCAGCCCUACAACCAUAACUUCCACCACCACAAUCAUGUCAGUCGAUGUGCUGUGGACCACUAGGAAGGAGCCAGUGCUCCUCAGGGGCCAGCAAAGGGGUCCCUCUGACGUGGAGCUACUACAUAAGGUGCACCAAGGAGGAACUGACCAGAAAUCUCCUAUUGAGAGAAACAAAAAAGCAGGUAAUUCCCAGAAAGCCACCAUAAAAAACAUCCAAGUGGUUGAAGAAACGUCCAACAGUGCGCUGCUGCUUUGGAGCACAGAUGGACUCAAGCGUGCUGUGCCCCUUGCCGUGGUGUAUUUUCCCUAUGCAGAGAAGGAGAAACAGACAAUCACCACCGAAGUGGGCGUGGAAAAGCUGACACUGGAGGGCCUGAAGCCUGAAACAAAGUACAUUGCAUGCUUGGUUACCGAUAGUCAAUCACGAAAAAACCAGUGCAUCAUGUUCUCUACACUCAAGGCCAGUAUAGUGGAGCGACCGUGGUGGGUAUUUGCUGUGGCUGCAAGCAUUGCUGGCUCUCUCUUGCUGCCCUUGGUCACCCUGCUCUGUAAAUCAAUGCCUGUGCUGUGUAGCAGGGGUGGGGGCCCAAAGGAGGAUGAUCUCUCUGGUGAUACCUACAUGAGUUUUGAGACACUGUCACUGAAGCAGAGGACUCUGGGGAGCCAGGUGGGGGAGCUGUGGACCCGGCGGCAGACCUUGGAGUCCGAGAGAAUGCUCCUGUGCUCCCGCUCCAGCAGCGACUCCCAAAUGACUUUUAAGAGUAACAGCAUCGGGUCUGAGUAUGCGUGUUAA